AACGAAACCGCGCAUCGUAAUUAAUUCGCCGCUUCGCCUCGGACGAGUUUGCCGGAUGCCGGUCCGGAGUCACGGUGCCGCAUGCUUCCAACGGCACUUACAAUGCAGAUCCCAUGUCGCGUUCACCUGAUUGGAGGUGCGAUGCAGACUUUCCGUCUCAUGCAUUCUCCCGCAGCUACAAAUAGUCUCGGCCGCCUGGUGUUGAACCAGUAGAUGACGUUAGUUGCUGUCACAUUGCCCUUUCAUUUUCUCCUGUGCCGUCAAGAUGAAAAUUCCAACGACUACCCUGGCAACACUGCUUUCGGGCGCAUCGGCCACUAUCUAUUACGCUGGUGUCGCAGAGUCCAGUGGUGAAUUUGGUGUAUGGUCUGCCACGGCUACACCUGGAACGGGCCUGCCUGGACGCUUUGGUGUCGAUUAUGCCUUCAUCAACGAGGCGGCAGUCGACGUUGAAGUAGACCAAAACCAUCUUAAUCUUUUCCGUAUCGCCUUCUUGCUGGAGCGUAUGUGUCCGCCAGCGACAGGACUAGGAGCUGUGUUCAACGAGACGCACUUCGACUACUUCAAGCAAGCAGUUGAUUACGUCACGACCACCAAGGGCGCGUACGCAAUUCUCGACCCGCACAACUAUAUGCGCUACAACGAUCCGAGCUCUCAACCUUUCUCAGGAAGCGUUAUCGGUAACACGACGGACCCAACCGCUGCAACAACAGCGCAGUUUGGUGAGUUCUGGGGCGAGCUUGCCUCCCGAUUUGCCGACAAUGAGCGCGUCAUCUUCGGACUCAUGAACGAGCCACAUGACAUGGCUACAUCGCUUGUUUUGGCGAACAAUCAAGCAGCAAUCGAUGCCAUUCGUGCUGCAAACGCCAGCAACCUGAUCAUCAUGCCUGGUAACAGCUGGACAGGUGGACAUGCGUGGACCGAAGGUAGCGACCCUAGUUCGGCCCUCCUGAACCAGUUCAAGGAUCCUCUGAAUAACACGGCCAUUGAUAUCCACCAGUAUCUCGACUACGACUUCUCAGGUGGCCACUUGGAAUGUGUUUCUGAUCCGGCGACCAACUUGGAUGAUCUGACUGCUUGGCUAAAGGAAAACAACCUGAAGGCCUUCAUUACUGAGUUUGGUGGUUCCAAUUCGACUUCCUGCCAGGAGAUGAUUCCUGAGAUGAUCAAAUACAUGGCCGACAACGCCGAGUACAUUGGCUGGACAGCAUGGGCAGCCGGCCCGUUCUGGGGGCCCAACAGCCCCUGCUGCACCAACUCGACGCAGCUCGGUUCCCUAGAACCUGGUAGCACAUCUGCCGACGGCAGCCCAGGACUCUACGACACUGUUUGGUUGAAGCUGAUCCAGCCUCUUGUCCCGACGGCGCUGCAGUGGAGCGGUCCCGCAAGUGUCUUCGGUGGCGAGGUGACCACCAAGUUGUAAAAGCAGGUUACUCAGACCUUCCGGUCUGAAUUAUGUAAAUAGGUCUUUUAGAUAAAAAUAUAUUUUCUCAAGUCCACGAACUU